CCACAAGUUCCAGGUCACUGCCUCGUGUGUGUUUUUAGGGCUAGUAUAUGAGAUGGGUACGAACAGUGAUGAACUAUGUACGGAUGAAGUACUAAUGGUUACGAACUAUCACAGAGGGAGUACGAAUGGUUACGAACUAGCACAGAGGGAGUACGAAUGGUUACGGACUAUACACGGAUAGAGUACGAAUGGUUUCGGCCUAUGUAAGGAUAGAGUACGAAUGAUUACGAUUUACGAAUUAUGUACGGAUAGAGCACGAACGUUUACCGACUAUGCACGAUAGAGUCGAAUGGUUAAAAACUUUCUUCGGAUAGAGCACGAAUGGUUACCGACUAUGCACGAUAGAGUCGAAUGGUUAAAAACUUUCUCCUGAUAGAGCACGAAUGGUUACCGACUAUGCAAGAUAGAGUCGAAUGGUUAAGAACUAUGUACGGAGAUAGAGCACGAAUGGUUACCGACUAUGCACGAUAGAGUCGAAUGGUUAAGAACUAUGUACGGAUAGAGCACGAAUGGUUACCGACUAUACACGGAUAGAGUCGAAUGGUUAAGAACUAUGUACGGAUAGAGCACGAAUGGUUACCGACUAUACACGGAUAGAGUCGAAUGGUUAAGAACUAUGUACGGAUAGAGCACGAAUGUCGGUUGCAUGUACAUGUACGAAUAGUGUACGAAUGGUUACCGACUAUGCUCGAUACAGUCAAUGGUUACGAACUCUGUAAGGAUAGUGAAAAAUGCAUACUAACUGAUUGCAUGAGCUAGGCUGGCUUUGUUCGCGGUUGCACACAACCUCAAGCUGUGGUCAUGCCGUGAGCUCUUAUUGAAAUAUCCAGCACCACAGGGGUUCCGAAACUCCUGUUAUGUUGAUAUCACUGCUAAUUUGAAAACCUAGUAAAGCUGGUCUUUUCUUGUGUUAUUGCUCUUCGCCUCAUGGUUAACGCCGACUCAAAUUGACCAGCUACAAUGGGACAGAAGUUUCGGCGCAUGCGUAAUGCCGAUCAACGUUACGUGGCUCACAGAGCCCCCUCCAAGGGCCCAGCACGUAAUCCCGAAGCAUACCCGAGCCCCUCCGUUUCGAGGCGCCAGUAGAAAUAGGUUCCUGAGUUGCAGCACAAUGUCCGUGAAGCCGAAAGAGUUUGACGAAAAGCGACAACAGAUCCGUGAGGUUUACGGAAGAGCACUGCUCGAAAAGAAGGAGCGGAAACCUAAAGAGGUUACUUUCGUGACAAAGGUUCAAAUAAAAUCCAAAAAAAGUACAACAGCGGGUUCAAGGGCUGAAAGUUAUAAAGACAUUAAGGAAGAAGAUGACGAUGACAAGGAAGAAACCGAAUCGAUAGAAAAUACACAUAGCGACUUCCAUUCAGAACCGUCAUUGAGAGACUCGAAGAGAGACGAAUCCCCAUUUUUCCCUUUCCUUUUCCCAGAAAAAUCUUACACGGGCGAGGAACCAAUCGAAUUGCUUUGGGCUGGGGAUAACACAAUCGCGGAGUUUGAUGAAAGAGAGGAAGUAAAGGGCCUAGUACGAGCUUUGUCCCGCAGACUUCGCGGGACGGAUGGCCGAUCCCGCGCGUACCAAAAACUGACCGCCGCUUAUUCGCGACCAACGAAAGGCGAGCUGAGUUUGAACGAAAAAGGACCAGUGCCUAUAAUACCAGUGAUAACAAAUGAGAAACAUAAGCAGAAAAAACUUCCUCAACAACCCAAGCAAUAUUAUGUGGGUCACAGCAAGCAUCGUACGCGCUCAUGGUCUCUGCCAGAAAAUAUGCGCAAGAUUGUAGAGAUCCCCUCGGUCAACCUUGAGGAAAUUACGCGAGUGGUCCCGCGACCCUCGAGCCUUCCCGCUACUGUAAACCCAACAUCAGUACACGGCUGGAUACUGACGAGCUCAGCCCAGCUCCCCUCGAGUUCGAACCCAAACAGAAGGGAGAAUUUUAACGAGUUUAUGACACACCGAUGCAGAUUAAGGUCUCGAGAGGAAAAACGCAGCAAGAGCUGUUUUCCCAAUGUAAAAAUUACUCUCCCACAAGGAAAGCCGAUAAAAAUCAAAGUAGACACGAAUAACAGGCUAGGAAAGGGGGAAUUCGAGUCCCCCGUUCCACCAUGCUCUCCCACAGAAUCAGACGACGGUAGUACAAAGGGCGCUGAUGCAUCAUAGUCCCUGGUGUUGUUCGGGGUUCCUGUGGUUAACGUGCGGAAAGAUUGACAGGAAAAA